UUAUUUCACAUCUUACUGUGGGAGAAAAGGGAAGAAAACACUGAAUCUGUGUAUGUUUGUCAUGUCUUUUCUAAUCAGACGUUUGAUGACACUGGUCAUGAGAUAUUUUUUUGUUUUAUGGAUUUCAGGUGUCUCAGCUCAGUCCUUCAUUCACGCAUUCACACUGACGCAUUCAGUUUUCAAUGUUCAGAUUGCAACACCACAAGGUCAGCAAAUAGACUUUGUGAAGGCAGAUGAAAACAGUAGAAAAUGGUUGAAUGAGUUUCGGACCAAGCCUUUUUCAGUUCCUGGAAAACUUGAAAAUGUUGAUGCGGCUAGGUAUGGUGCAGUACUUCUCCCAAGUUCCCCAGGAGCCCUUCAUGACCUGGCUAAAGAUAAUGAGCUAGCUAAGCUCCUUAAUGCAUUUGUCCAAGAAAAAAAGCCCAUCUGUGCUGUAGGACAUGGGGUUGCUGGACUUUGCUCAGCAAAACGAGAGGACGGAAAAUCUUGGAGUUUCAAGAGUUAUAGCAUGACAGGGCCUUCAGUUUUUGAAUCAGCCCGCUCACCAGAAUUUGCGAGUCUACCUAUCAUCCUUGAAGACUGGAUCAAAGAUAAUGGUGGAACAUACAGUGCCAGUGAACCAGAUGGGAUGCAUGUGAUCAUUGACAGACAUCUCAUAACAGGACAGAAUGACACAUCAACACUUUCUGCUGUUCAGAACCUCAUUCUUUUGUGCAAUGCAAGACAAGGAAAAACCAAGAGUUGAAAGCUGGCUCUGAUGUACAGCAAUAAAAUAAAAUUAUUUAGUACCAGUUAUAAUGUAAUUAUUACUGAAAAUUUUAUUAAUAAUAAUGAAAGGCCUUGUCCAUUCUUUCUUUAAGUAGUACAUUUUGAAACUAUAUUCUGUCAAAUAAGCCUGCAUGAAAUAAAUGUUUUAGCAUUUAUUUAAUUUUUUAAUUAUUUUUUUGUUUGUUUUUUAGCUGUAAUGAUUUAGAAGCUCUUUGCACCCAUUCAGUCAGUCACAAAACCAAAGGCAGCAUGUCCCAGUGGUCAGCGCAUCAAAUUCAUAAUCCAGCGGUCCCAGGCUCAAGUCCCGCUCUGACCACUACCUGGAUUUGUUUCACGGUAGCCGCGAGUUCAAAUCCUUGGCCACGGUUGUAAAUAGUCAACUGGUUUGCCUCCGGUCAGCUGAGAUUCUUAAUGAUAUUAUGUUCGAACAUCAUUUGAAUAAAUUAAUUUCUUUCA